UUCCUUGAGAGCAGGGAUUUGAGAUAUUAUGGCAUCUGAAGCUCACAAUGGUAGAAAACAGAAAGUAUUGCAAAUCGAAGGUCGUCCCAUUGAUCUCCCCAGAAAAAGAAUCUCUUCUUCCACUAAAGAGAUCAUGAAGGAGGGUAAGAAAUCUCCAAAACAGCUGGCUUCGUACACAAAGAGAAUAACGGUUGGAAAACCAGUGGCCAGUCCCAUCUCUCUUUUCAAAGUGGUAUACUGUAAAAGAAAAGUUCAUUGUUAUACUCCAAGGCCUUGUUACAGAAAGAAACUGUGCCCUAAAUCAAGGGGCUGUGACAUGGCAAAUAAAGAAAAUGAACUGGCUUGUGCAGGAAAUCUGCCAGCAAAACUGCAUAGCAGUCGUACACACUUACUGAAUUCUAGUGACUCUGGCUCAUCUCAAACAGAAGGCCCUUCAUCCAAAUACAGUGGAUUUUUUUCAGAGGUUUCUCAGGACCAUGAAACUAUGGCUCAAGUUCUUUUUAGCAGGAAUCUGAGACUGAACGUAGCUUUAACCUUUUGGAGAAGGAGAAGUAUAAGUGAACUGGUAGCCUACUUAGUGAGGAUACAGGAUCUCGGAGUAGUAGUAGACUGCCUUCCUGUGCUUACAAACAGUUUACAGGAAGAAAAACCAUAUGUUUCAAUUGGCUGCUGUGUAGAUCUUUUGCCUUUAGUGAAAUCUCUCCUUAAAAGCAAAUACGAAGAAUAUGUAAUAGUUGGUUUAAACUGGCUUCAGGCUGUCAUUAAAAGAUGGUGGUCAGAACUAUCUGCACAUACAGAAAAGGCAGAGGAUGGAAAUACUCGUAUUUUAAAACAACAAUUAAGUGCUUUAUGGGAACAGGAGAAUCAUCUUACUCUGGUUCCAGGAUAUACUGGUAAUGUGGCUAAGGAUGUAAAUGCUUAUUUAUUACAGCUACACUGACAUGAUUGGGAACCUCUGUGUGCUUAUGUGGUGAAACAAUCCCCAAAAGUAUCCCUGAAAUAUGUACUGAAAGCCUUUUGAGAAAUACUGGCAGAAGAGAACUGAACUGUCAAGCUGUUUAAUGAAACCACUAACAAAAUCCUAACAAUCUACUUCACAUUGAAGUGGAAAAAUGUCUAGUAGGAGCAACUUUUACUUCAGUGAGGUGAAAGUGCACUAUGAAAACUGUAUGCCUUUGCUGCAUUUGGGAUUCACUCAGUUACUAGGUAUUCAUUUAAAUGCUACUGUAUUUUACUACAACAUCGCAUAAAAGAAGAUGAAUUAUACUGUCGUGAAGACAAGACAGCAGAAACAGUUCUAAGGAACCAACAAAAGCAAUCAGCAUUAAGACCUUUUAAAUGUCUCUAUCACAAGAGAACUCCAAAAUGCACAGCUUUCUUCCAAUUACAUUAAAAAAACCCACAACUUUGAAUAUUCAGUUACUUCUGUUUUAA